CACACGCACACGUGCCCAUGUACUUUAAUGGAGUGGACAGCUCCCUCGCGCGCGCACACGUAUCAGCACUUCUUACCUCCUACAACACGAGUAGCCCAAAAUUAAAUCGUCUCGUGUGUGAGGACAGUCAAGCACAGAAAUGGCAACAGAAACUCUGGACAAACAAAAGACGAUCGAUCUUCGGAAGAAACACGUCGGUCCGUCUUGCAAGGUGUUCUUCAGUCAUGACCCUAUCAAAAUCGUGCGGGCGAGAGGUCAAUACAUGUACAAUGAAAAAGAGGAAAGAUAUCUGGAUUGCAUAAAUAAUGUAGCUCAUGUGGGUCAUUCCCAUCCAGAUGUGGUGAAAGCCGGAGCAAAGCAAAUGGAGCUUCUCAACACCAACUCUCGCUUCCUGCACGACAAUCUUGUCUUGUAUGCUCAGCGUCUCCAAGCCACCCUUCCUGAAAAGCUGUCUGUCUGCUACUUCGUCAACUCCGGGUCAGAGGCAAAUGAUCUGGCCCUGAGGCUGGCUUGGCAGCACACCGGCCACAAAGACAUCAUUACACUGGAGAAUGCCUACCAUGGUCACGUGUCAUCGCUCAUUGAUAUCAGUCCAUAUAAGUUUCAUCAGAUGGCCGGUGCCGAGCAGAGCCAGCAUGUGCACGUGGCUCUGAGUCCAGAUAUUUAUAGAGGCAAAUAUCGUGAAGACCACCCCGAUCCUGCCACUGCCUAUGCUGAUAAUGUCAAGGAAAUAAUUGAACAGGCGCACAACAAGGGACGAAAGAUUGCUGCUUUUAUCGCCGAGUCGCUGCAGAGUUGUGGAGGACAGGUCAUUCCUCCUGUGGGCUACUUCCAGAAAGUGGCACAGCAUGUGAGAAAAGCAGGAGGACUUUUCAUUGCUGAUGAGGUCCAGGUGGGCUUUGGCAGAGUGGGUUCUCAUUUCUGGGCCUUCCAACUACAAGGAGAAGACUUUGUACCGGAUAUUGUUACAAUGGGCAAACCGAUUGGAAAUGGCCAUCCGAUGUCAUGUGUUAUCACCACCAGAGAGGUUGCAGAGAGCUUCAUGUCAUCAGGAAUGGAAUACUUCAAUACAUUUGGUGGUAACCCAGUAUCAUGUGCCAUUGGAUUGGCUGUGCUGGAUGUAAUUGAGAAGGAGGAUCUUCAAGGCAAUGCCCUGCGCGUUGGAGGCUACCUGACUCAGCUUUUAGAUAAUCUAAAAGAAAAACAUCCUUUAGUGGGUGACGUAAGGGGUCAUGGCCUUUUUGUUGGGGUGGAGCUGGUGAGAGACAAGAAGCAGCGAACACCUGCUACAGCUGAAGCUCAGGAUGUUAUUUACAGACUGAAAGAGCAACGCAUUCUGCUAAGCGCUGAUGGUCCACACCGGAACGUCCUGAAGUUUAAGCCUCCCAUGUGCUUUUCUAGAGAGGACGCUGAACUCGCAGUGGGAAAGAUCGACCAGAUUCUGACAGACUUAGAAAGGGCACUGAGUCUUGUUACGCCCGAAUCAACGAUCUUAGAAAAUGGGCACAGUAAGAGAAAGGAACCCAGUGAGGAAAAUGGCCACAUCCAUCCUUCAAACGACAGCAACCUUAAGCAGAUCGCCACUCAUCCAUCCAGCAAGAAAACCAAUAAGAGACUCAGAACUUAAUACAUAACACACGGAUACAGCAGGGCAUUCAUCCCAGAACUGCUUUUAAUUACAGACUUUUAAUUACAGAAUUUAAUUAUGUCUGUAAUGAUUUAUAUCAUUAUUCCAUGUUUUAAUGGAUAUGUAUGAGCAUUUUAGGAUUCCUUGCCAUAUAUAUUUUAGAUCUACAUCUGUGUUUUGGCUUUUCUUAUGAAAUUUGGAAUAAUGUCCCUUUAAUGAAAUAUGUUAGCUUUCACACACGUGUCAUAGCUUUAAAGGACUAAUAAGGAAUACGCAGCAUAUAAAAUAUACAGCAUUAUGGUCAUGUGAUAGCCAUAUCUUUGUUUUCUCUGCUUAAACUACUUUGUACAGUGAUUUAUAUGUAACCAUAUCAUGUGUACCUUGAACAUUGCUUGUUUUGCAACAGCCUGUUUAAGUGUACACAUACCUAAGCAAAUGCACACUCAGCAUGUUUUAAAUGGUGUCUGCCACAAAAAGUGCUGGAGAAUCACUCUCAUGUCUGAUAGUAAUGGAGUGGAAAAUGCCCUCUGGAUAAAAGGCAACAUGGAAAAACAAGCUGGUGUGGAAUUUAAAAAAAAAACUGCAAUACGAUAUUCACUCAAAAUCUAGAAAAUUUAUUUUUAUUACAUAUCGAAUGGUCUUUAUAAGAUUAGCUGAAAAGUUAUACUUUUGUAAAUUGCAAUCUAGGACUUAAAACUUAAAAAAAAAUGUGACUUUCAGCACAAGCCACAAAUCAUUUUUGUUCAAGGUAAACACUGUAUGAAGAGUUUGCUUUGCACAUCUCAACUCAAUUGUGCAGUUAAUUUUAUGCUGCCCUCUAGCGUUUGACAGCCAUAACUUUUGAGAUGACUACUAUGCAAAUGUAGCAUUUUGAAUAAUAAAGAUUAUUCAACAUUGA